CGGGAUCCUUUUUAAGAGCUCUGUUGACCACGUAAUUCAUUAGUUAUCCCCUUCUGAUAUCCUACUCGGUGUAGUUCUAGAGAAUCGACGCGCGCUAAUAUACGCGCUUCUCGUCAAUCGCCCUCUAAUUUCGACUACGCACAGCACAUCCCUACUUUCGCAGUAAUCAUUAUUCCAUGAUGGCUUCUGGUACAAGCCCUUCUUCGCUUCCGCGGCAGGUCCCGAAGCUCGGACACAAAAAAUCCAUGUUUGGUUGCCAAAGAUGUCGACAGAGGAGGGUAAAGUGUAAUGAGGCAAAACCUAUAUGCCAUAAUUGCAAGCGACAUGGCCUGCCCUGUGUCUAUGAUCGCGAUGCUUCGGUCAAAUCAUACCGGAAGUCGUCAACCCCUCGAUUAUCUCCCUCUGCGCUAGAGGAAAAUGAUCCGCCAGAAAGUCGCGUGCGGCGGAUGAUAGAGACAAAAUUGAUGCAUCAGUACCUCGUGGAGACAGGAAGCUCAAUUGCAGCUGACGACCAAACCAGAGGUAUGUUCGCUAGGGAGGUGCCAAGGUUAUCCUUUGACUCGGAUGCGCUGCUAUACUCGAUGUAUACCGUGUCAGCCAUGCAUUUUGCAAAACUUGGCAAAAACGACGAGCUUGCGGAUGGCGCCGUGAAUGCCGCUAGCAAGUACUUCUCUAUGGCAGUCCGAGAGCACAACAAGGAGGUAUCUCAGGUCAGCAGAGCAACUGCUGACUUAGUCUGUCUGACAUCAUGUCUGAUGAGAAUCAUCGCACUCGUCCAGCUACAGGGACGGAGCCGGCAACCUUGGCAAUGGCUCGCACUCGCCCAAACCUCCACAUCGACGUUCAUAGAUGCGCUUGAUCGGGUGGGCCCCGAUCCAAACUCAGCCGCAUAUAAAUUGAUCCAAGGAACCGCGCAUCUCCACGUCAGGGGAAAGCUGCCAAAUCGCAAGAUGUACCAAAGAUUGCAGUAUUUAAUGGAACGUCCCGAGAAACUCCGGGCGACGGAACAUUGGGAUUCAGAAAUACAAGUCGCUUAUGAGCGCGUACUUGAGUAUAUAUGUACAGCCCUCGGGCUCAUGGACAAAGAAGGACCAUCGGGAAACGUUUUCAGGAUGCUGCUUAUUUUCCCGAUGCUGGUGGACCGGCGGUUUGUGGAAUUAGUACAGACAGAAGUGCCAAGGGCCCGGGUCAUCCUUGCCCAUUACUUCGCUUUGCUUGUGCAAUUCGAUCAUAUAUGGUGGAUUGGGGACGUAGGGGCUAAUGAAGUCCGCACUGUUGCUAGUGAAGUGCCUGAUGAAUGGCAGGGUAUGCUCGUCUGGCCGUUGAAAAUUAUAGAGAAAUAAUACUUCGCAUUCGGAAAUGGAUCUCUUGAAAGUUUAUGGAAUUUCAGCCUUCUGGGCAAUGUAUGUCAAGGCACUUGGGUGCCAACACAAUCUAGCGUAUCUGUCGUUCUCGUUCUCGUUCUCGCUCAUAUGGUACUACUUACUAACCCAGAGCGGGCUCCCUCUCUGCCUCUUUUGGAUGAUAACCGUGCAUCAAUUAUUUACCUAAGGUACCUGGGUACCUACAUAGAAUUCCCUUUUUGGCACAAUAUCUUACCACGCAUUGGAUUACCAAUUCCAGACAAUCGCGGUGCAUCGGGUAGCUGGGUAGGAAGUGAC